GUACUAUUAGGGAUAAUCAAGAUAAUGAAGAUAUUACAAAUAUUGAAGACCAUUAUGACCAUCGACAGGCAUAUUUAAAAACACUAAUAAAUUCAGUUUCAAAAGAAUUAAUUUGUGAACCUUUUGUUGGAGCAUCGUCUAAAAGAUUUAAAAGGUUCCAAUCUGAUAAUUUACAAGAAACGUAUCCCAUUCCUAAGCAUUAUAAUAAUAUGCAAGAAAGUCAGAUUUAUCAACAUAUGCAUAAAAAAUUAUAUUAUGGCCAGCUUAUGGGGCAUUUCAAAAAAGCAUUAAACUAUUCGCUAGAAGAUAAUGAUCAAAAAGCAUUGGACGAUAUUAUAUUGUCUUAUAUUUCAGAAAAAGAAGCAAAUUGGAAAACAGAUAUGCAAUCGAAUCAAAAGGUUCUAAAAGAAAAUACGGGUUUAAACUGUAAGAUUAGAUUGUCUAAUGAUCAUAUAUAUAAUGCGGAUAAUGUAAAAGAUCCAAUAAAACGUCGAG